AUGGCGUUAAAACCACAAGUAAAUAAGGAACUUGAAGAAAAAUCGAAAUUCAAUAGAUCAAUAGUAUGGCGUAAUUCUUUUGGGAAUCUCAGCUGGGGCUCAUCGACUUUAGCCCAUCGAUCCUACAAAGCCAAGUGGCCUCUCCAAUUGCUGCUAGCAUUCAUGAGCACUGUAGCUUUUCAGGAUUCCGUGAUUGUAUGGGCCAGGGACCACAGGGUCCACCAUAAAUUUAGUGAUACUGACGCCGACCCACAUAACCCCAACGUCGGAUACUUUUUUUCGCAUAUAGGCUGGCUGCUUUGCAAAAAACAUUCCGAUGUCACGAAAAAGGGGAAAGGCAUUGAUAUUUCUGAUCUAGAGAGCAAUGCAAUAUUAGCGUUUCAAAAAAGAUAUUAUACGAUAUUGGUGAUAUUGCUCUGCUUUGUUAUGCCAACCGUUAUCCCAGUCGUAUUUUGGGAAGAAAAAUGGCUAAACGCCUACUUAAUCUCCGGCGUUCUUCGUCAUAUUUUGCUACUAAAUGUAGCUUUAAUGAUUAACUCAAUAGGCCACAGAUAUGGUUAUAAACCAUAUGACAAGUAAGUAUCAAUCAAUUAAUAGUCUUAUAUAGCCGAAUAUACUUUUAAAUCAAAUUUUGUACGUAAUAAGGAUUUAAUUACAACUGCUUUCUUGAUUGUUACAGAUAUAUAAAUCCAGCAGACAAUGUAGUAUU